UAUGUAACCGUCGCGGGAAGUAAACGUGCGAUAAAUAAUGUGUAAUUUCGUAUUUUGUUUUACCAGUGAUUAGCCUGGAAUGGAAUCUGUGGUCUUUUAAUUGCAUCUGUGAACUUUGUAGAAUAUUUUUUGUGAUUUAUUAUAAAAAUGGCAGAUGAAAAGUAAAAGCGAUGCCACGCCCUUCAUUAAAAAUGGAGUCAAAGCAACAAUUACGAAAACGCCAGAAAAGCCUCCGAAGGAGAAACCAGGAAAAGAAGGAAGAGGGAAGGCUUUUAAGCAAAUAGUCGCGGCUUUGAUUGUGAACUUGGGGACUAUUAAUACUGGUAUGGCAUUCGGAUUUUCCGCGACGGCGCUGCCGCAGCUGAAGAGUGGUAAUUCAACUCUGACGAUUACUGAAAAUGAGGCCAGUUGGAUUGCUAGUUUAAGUGCAGUGGGUACACCAAUAGGCUGUAUUCUAAGUGGUUACUUGAUGGACAACAUAGGCAGGCGACGGACCCUCAUAGUCACUGAAGUGCCUCUCAUAAUAGGAUGGAUCUUGAUAUCCUUUGCUCAGAAUGUUAUAAUGAUUUAUAUUGGUCGGUUGUUGGUGGGUUUGGGGUCUGGUAUGGUGGGUGCCCCAGCCAGGGUGUACACAUGCGAGGUAUCCCAGCCUCAUUUGAGAGGAAUGUUGGGAGCCAUGGCGUCUGUCGGUGUUUCUACUGGUGUAUUGAUACAGUACAUAAUCGGCAGUGCAACAUCAUGGAACAUCUUAGCUGGUGUGAGUACUAUAGUACCUAUAAUAUCACUCCUGGGUAUGUUUGUCCUUCCUGAGACACCGAACUACCUUCUAAAUCAAGAUAAGACGGAAAAGGCUGAGAAGUCCCUUUCGAAACUCCGAGGGUCCACGUGCAACCUGAAUGAUGAAAUACAGAAAAUGAUUUCCUUUAAAGAGAAGAAUCACGUUGAACCGUUGAAGUCAACUCGAGAAAUAGUAAAGGCUUUACUCGCGCCAUCGACUCUGAAGCCGUUUGGGAUAUUGGCGUUGUACUUCUUCAUUUACCAGUGGUGUGGUGUUAAUACCAUCACUUUCUAUGCCGUUGAAGUCUUUGAGGCAUCCGGAGCGACGUUGGACAAGUAUUCCUUAACUAUAUCGAUGGGAGUGCUUCGAGUAAUCUUCACCGUCGUAGGAUGUAUAUUGUGUAGACGCUGCGGAAGGCGACCUCUUACAUUUGUAUCGUCUCUGGGAUGCGGUACUGCAAUGGUAGUACUAUCAGUGUACCUGUAUUACGUGCAGUACUGGAAGGAGAAUAAUCUACCACCACAAUAUUCGUGGAUCCCAGUAGCCAGUAUAUACCUUUUCAUGAUAUUCUGUACCCUGGGAUUCCUCAUCGUACCCUGGAUCAUGAUUGGCGAGGUCUACCCUACGCAGGUUCGUGGCAUAGUCGGUGGUAUGACGACAUGUGUGGCUCACAUGUCAAUAUUCACUGUGGUCAAAACAUUCCCUCUACUUAAGCACUCGCUCAACGACUAUGGGACUUUCGGCCUGUAUGGAGCUUUAUCACUUGCUGGCACCGCGUUCUUCUAUGUAUUUUUGCCAGAGACAAAAGGCAAAACACUGCAAGAAAUUGAGGAUUACUUCUCUGGAAGAAUUAAGUCGUUAUCUGGAAAAAACACACAGACUGAAAUUGCGUAGUUGGAUAGCGAUGUACAGAAUUUGUAAGACAACGAGUGAGUUAUAAUUAAACGUUUGUAUGAUAUUUUACAGCGCCAUCUAGUGGGCACAUUUGGAAGUAUUUAUUGUGGUAGGAUAGUUCUAAUUAAUGGUUAAAUUGCCGAUGCCAUUUCAUAAAUAUAUUUCGCAAAGAUUUAGUCUCAAUCUCGUCUUAGUGCUGCCAAAUGUGCCAAACGUCAUUUAGAAAAGACGGUUUUGAGAGCUCUGGAAAUAAUUUUUAAUUUGAAAUUUAAUUUUGAUUGACAUUCUAGCACACGGACCAUUUCUAAAUAUUGAACAUGCCAUGCGUGUCUGCUCCAUGUUCCAAAAGAGUACUUGGGAACAUCAAUUAUGCAUUACAUUGUAAUUUGAUAAAUACUUGGUCAAGUUUUAAAAUAUAAAAUAGAUGUUUUCAUAUGUUAAUAUAAUAUAAUUAUGUGCCUUAAUAAUACAUGAUAUAUUAAAUUUAAUGCUUUUAAUAAUUUAAAUUAUUUAUUCUGAAAUUAAUGCAUGUGCGAUUUCUACAAAACUGUGAUAAAAUUACAUAAUUUUACCUAUUUAAUAUAUCAUAGCCUAGUGCCAAUUACAGAAAAUAGGCGCAUAUAGCACACCACGGAAAAUACGUCAAAGCUACAUAACAAUUUAUCCCUCACUUUUAAUUUAGGCCGGCAACGCACUCGCGAGUCCUCUGUCAUUGAGAGUGUCAUGGGCGGCGGUAUCACUUAACAUCAGAUGAGCCUCCUGCCCGUUUGCCCCCUGUUCUAUAAAAAAAACGAUAAUUCAUUGUUAACGUAAUUUUCUUUGACCUGAUGCUUUUAAUUUCCGCGAAGUGCGACUUAAUACUAGCCAUUAAAGAAAUGAAUGGAUUUUUAAUAAUUGUAUUUUCUUAGGUGUAAUAUAUGUAUGACACGGACACGUGAAGAACUAUUAAUCAAUAUUAGAAUGUUUGAACAAGUCUUGUCCUUUUCUAUCUAGUUGGGUUUACCCUGUGUUUAAAAGUGAUGGAUGACUUAUACAAAAUGUAGUAAUAUUAUGAAAUUAUGAAUGUGCCUUAUUCAAAAUACAACCAGGAUAAUACGGCCUUUUAAAUAACGAAUUGAAUUUUUUUACAAAAUCGCCAGUAGAGUUAUCGAUAUUAUUUAGUAUUAUUUAAUGCGUAUAAAUUUUCUUUUGAAAACAAAAACGAUAAAAUUACGAUAGAGAUUCAUUACAGAUUUUCUAAGACAAAAUAACUCCAAAAUACAAACACAAUAAUUUUAGGUGUCAAAAAUGGCCAACAGCUUUAAGUUCUCACCAGUAACACUGAUUUUCAGUUGACCCAUACUAUCUUGGGAGCUAUAUAUACAGAACAAAACAAUUAUUUUUGCAAUUAACAUAUAUUUUUAUAAAAAACAACACAAAUGUGGGUUAACACAUAUAACUAAAUUCUCAACACAGACCACAGACAUUCCAAAAAAUAAGUUCUUCAUUAUUUUGAAAGACGUAAUUCCUUGGAUGACGCGUAUUGUUUUAUUUUACACUGCGAUUACAUGCGAUUAUAAAAAAAGUGCUACUUAUUAACAACUAAUUAAUUAUAUUCCGAAGUAAUAGUGAACACAACAGAAAUAUUUUUACAAUUUCAGUUGCGCAAAUUACUUGUAAGCUUAUAAACCAUUUUUGGCAAUUUGUUUUCGUUUUCUGAAGCGGUUUAUUUGCGUAUUAUGUUGGUAGGUUAGUGCCCUUAGCAAAUGUCAUUGUAGAUAUUGCAGUUUGUAAAUAUUUUAUUAAUGUAGUUUUAAAUGUUUUUUUGCAUUUUACAAACCUUUGGUCAGUAUUAAUAUUUUCUCUUUUUAAUUUUUUUUUAUAAAUGUCACGUUUUAAGCACCAAUUAAUAAAAAAAACUAUUGUUUAUUGUUUUACUUAGUUGUCAAUAUGUACUUCAAUGCUAUUAUGAGACUAGCGCUAAGUCGGACUCCCGAACGUCAAUGUUUUAAAUUUUUACAUUCGCGAAUCAUGGUUCGCGGUAAGUUUCAAAUUCAGUCCUAAGUCUCAGUACAUAAAGUGUUGUAGUAUGGUUUAUAAUUCCGCACUUUUAAUUAUGAAAACCACUUAUAAAUGUGAUCUAAUUAGUAAUGGAGGAUAAAUGUGUAUAUUAAUUGUAAGUAAAUUGGUUACCUGCAAAACUUUUCAUGAAAAUGUAAUGUAAUAUAAUUUGUUCAACUCGAACUACGAACAAAAUAUAAAUUUGUUCUGGCUGGUUGUAGAUUAGAUUUUAUUACUAAUGAACAAUAUAUUUUAAGCUUGUAAAAUAUCUUGAAUAAUUUGUUACUGUAUACAGUUAUAAUGAUUGUAAUAAAUUUGUAAAAAUGCCGUACGCAUUUAUUUUGUCAGCCAUGUAUAUAGAUUAUUAAUGUAUAGCAUUUGUAAUUUUUAAUCUAGUACAUAUAAAUGAAUUGCGAUUGUUGAAUGGAAUUAAAUAUUAAAUAUUG